UGCCGCCAACUCAAAUUGUAAUUAUCUUUCUGGAUUUUUCAGGGUCUUUCAGACAGUCAUGGGCGAUUACAUCAAAUCUUUUCAUUCGCCAGACGAGUUUCGUUCUUGAACUUAGUUUCGUUGAUUAGAUCGACAACACAGGAGAAAAAAUGGGAUCUUUUUUCAUCUCUCCACUUAUAUAACUCCUCUACAAGCUUGUGGUAUUCGUGGUUUUGUGUCGAUCAAGUAAGGAAGAACUUGACUAAUAAUGGCGUCCAUUGAGACAGGCUUAACGCAUGCUUGCGGCGUUUUCGCUUGUGUAAGAGCCGAAGGAGUUACUUCAGAGGAAGUUGAUGUCGCCAGUAUGAUUUCUCUCGGUCUAGUUUCACUUCAACAUCGGGGCCAAGAAAGUUGUGGAAUAGUGACAAAUGAUGGCAAAAAGUUCCAUCAGCAUAAAGGAAUGGGACUAGUGAACCAGGUCUUCCAGGAACAGCACAUAAAAUCACUCCCAGGAUAUAUGGGUAUUGGACACACACGCUACUCAACUGCAGGGGCAUCAGAACUCCUUAACUGUCAACCAUUUGUAGUAGACACAAUUCAUGGACGUAUGGCUGUUGGACACAAUGGGGAACUGGUGAAUGCUAAAGCAUUGCGAAAAAAGGUUCUCCUCAAUGGAACUGGUCUAUCAACAGGAAGUGACAGCGAAGUAAUUACACAGCUGUUGACGGCUACACCUCCAUGUGGAGAACCUGAUGGUCCAAACUGGCCUGGAAGAAUUUACGAAAUGAUGCAACUCACACAGCUGGCUUACUCGCUUGUCAUCAUGACCCAAGACUGCAUAUAUGCUGUCAGGGACCCUCAUGGAAAUCGACCACUGUGUAUUGGUAAACUGAUGAAUUUGAAUAGUAGCCCACAGAUGGCACGUCUUGGUGGAGAAAUUAUCCAGAAUGGAGAGAUUCAUGAUGAAAACUGUACACUAGGUUGGGUGGUGUCUUCAGAAUCCUGUGGUUUCCACUCAUUUGGGGCUUCUAUGUGCAGAGAAAUCAAGCCUGGUGAAAUUGUGGAGUUAACAGCAAAAGGUUUUGAGUCAAAGAGAAUUGUUCCACUUCAAAACCCAGAAAAACCACCAUCAUUCUGCAUUUUUGAGUAUGUGUACUUUGCACGACCAGACAGCAUGUUUGAGGGACAGAUGGUCUAUGGUGUGCGCCAGGAAUGUGGCAGGCAGCUAGCUGUAGAAGCCCCUGUGGAAGCAGAGCUAGUCAGCACUGUACCAGAGUCAGCCACUCCUGCAGCAUUGGGUUACUCCUUACAGACUGGCAUACCUUAUGUUGAGGUACUCACCAAAAAUCGUUACGUAGGACGGACAUUUAUACAGCCUAGUGACAGGCUUCGGAAGCUUGGUGUUGCCAGGAAAUUUGGACCACUGUCAAUGAAUUUCAAGGGAAAGAGGGUUGUGCUGAUUGAUGAUUCCAUUGUAAGGGGAAACACAAUGGGCCCUAUAAUCAAACUCUUGAAACAGGCAGGAGCUAGAGAGGUUCAUAUCCGUGUGGCAUCACCACCAGUCAAGUAUCCCUGUUACAUGGGAAUCAACAUUCCAACAAAGGAAGAACUGAUUGCAAAUAAGAUGCAUGCAGAGGAACUAGCAGAACAUUUGGGAGCUGACAGUUUGGUUUACUUGAGUUUAGAUGGCCUUGAGACAGCUGUGCGCUCUGGUAUAGUCAAUCCUGCUGGUGAGAAAAUUGGCCACUGUACAGCCUGCUUGAGUGGACAGUAUCCAGUUGAUGUGCUGGAUUGGUGAAUAAUGCCUAGAGCAGAAAUAUAUUUGUGCAACCAAGCUCUGUCUGAAGCUUGUAUAAGUUAUUUAGUGUUUUUCUACCAAGAUACCCUGAUUAGGGGAUCAAACCUUGAAUAAGGUUGAUAGGGUGAACAUCAAAUCACUUACUGUACUAAAAGCAAGAGAAUAUAUUCAACAUAAAGCCAAUCUUAAAGUCACCAUGAACUGCAGACUAGGUAACAACAAACUGAACCAUUAAUACAUAAAUACCUAGCUAAAAGCCAAAUGUUAAUGAUAACUCUCAGCAAUAGUUGGUUAAUUGAAGACAGUUCCUCUCUGCAAGGCUAAUGCUGUUAAAAGCCAAACUGCUAACGCAACCUUUUUGGUUGUGACUCAGGCUUGGAAGAGACAGUUAAAAUAUCUUAUCAGUUAACAGUCUUGUAGCAGGAAUUUUGUGGACUAGGCAUUCCUUAGAUCAUACAUGUAAGCCAGGAAACCUAGUCCUGGAUUACUUUGUAUGAGCAGUGUAAUUUAUUCCUUUAUAUCAGUAUUUUUGAUGCCCAAGGAGAGAAAAAUGUGAGUUCAAUUUACAAAGAUGUAUCACUAUUUAGAAAGAGAGUUCCUGAGUGUGAAAACCAGACAGUUUAAAUUCCUUUCAUAAUGAUAUUUUUAAAUUUUAAGAGAGAUUGUUUUAGAAAAGAUUGAGAUACUAAGUCAAGAACAAUCUUCCAGUAACUCUAAAGCUGCACUUAACUCAGCUUCUUAUCAAAAGUGUAAGAUUUCUAGUUUUUUUCUUUUUCUCGAUAGGGGUCAGGUUUUGAGUUAUGUUUUGAAGUUAUCUGAGUGGUUUAAAACUGUGUUUUUCUGAUGAAUGAGUAAGAAUUCUUGGGAAAAACCUGCUGGUUUUAAAUUCCUCCUGGCUUGACCUUGCUCCCAUGUAGUCAAGUAGUCGCCUUUUUAUUUUUAAGUUUACUGAUUCUAGUUCAAAACCAUAAACAGGGAGAGUUAGUGUGGCUAUGUUUUCAACAUCCAAUCAUACAAAACGAGGUCAUGUAAUGAGUGUCCAUACAUAAACUUGUACACAGGAAAUUUCUACCAACUUUUUGGAACUUAUGUCACAAAAAUAUAUUGGUAGAGAUUUCUAUUAACCUUAAAUUAUUUUUUUUGUUUUAAGAAACAUUUUGUGGUGUGAAUCUUCAGAUUCUAAUUUCCCAAUUUAAUUGUGGUGUUUUGAAAUAAAGGAGUGAUACAUUCAAUGCAA